CACAGCGGGCUUUCUUCGUUCUUCCACUCUCCUCUUUUCCCCGACUUUGCGGAACAUUCACUUUCCGUUCGCAUUCUUUGUCCUUGGGCGAAGCCCCGAGUCGAAACAAUUGACCAGUGAUCUUAGGAGCCCCUCCUAGCACGCCUCACCUCCGGCGCAAGGCUUCCUAAUCAGGUGGCGCCUCCUCUCAAUCCACUUCCACAACAUACCUUUUCCGAAAACAUGUCUCCGGCAGACAAUAGCAGCCUCGUCCACACACCUAUAAGCCAUUCCGCUUCUGCUCGUCUGGCCUCCCUCGCCCGGACCUCUGGUGCCUUGUCCUCCCCCUAUCCUUCUUUGGCGCCGAUCCGCCGUGCAAUGUAUCACGUUCCCUUUGUCCCCCGCCCGUUCCCGCCCCCAGCUCUCGCCGACGUUCCGCUCGAGUACAUCAUUGACCAGCUCCGCCGCCUGGCACCCCACUACUGGAGCAGGCCGGAGACAUCCGACUGCACGAUUGUUGUUUCAUUAGACCAUGAAUCACCUUCCGACAAGACGCAAGCAUCUGCAGGUGUCUGCGAUGCGUUCCGGGAUAUGGGUAUCAGCGCCGAGAUGAGCGCUGAGUCCUUCGGGUUGGAGGACGCGUCCCCUUCGGCUGCGGGGCAGAGUCCUACUCGUAAGUCUGUACGACCGCGACGGAUGAUCAUGAAGUUGCACAUGGACUACCUGUGUGCGCACUCCGCGCUCUUUAGGGGUCUGCUAAGCGGAGCAUCGCCGUUCGACCUCGCAAUGGAGACACCGACGGACGCCCUGCCAGGUCUACCGCAUCAGUCUGCAGCUUCUCCUCCUCGCUUCCCUUGCAUUCUCCCCUCGUCGACGUGUACGCAUCCUGUCAUUCAUCUGCCUGUUCCCGACCCCGCCUCCUUCCAUCACAUCAUUCACUACAUCUACUUUGGGUCAACGUCCUUCAUGGAGGAGGCGCUGGACAACGGCGACCUCACCUGGGACGGUCUGGCCCGCAAUGUCGAGUAUCUCAAGAUGGGAGACGACAUCAAGCUGUUCCUCGGGCGUUACUGGCGUCGCGUGCACACGUACUGUGACUACAACGAUAGCGAUAGCGACCAUGAGUACGACUCCGCCUCUGACUGCGACAGCGACUCGGAUGCGUGCAUGACGGAGGAUGAGUCGACCCUUGCGGACCCUGACGAGGACCGCAUGUGCUUGGCCGACGAUGAGGACGAGGACGAAGACGUACUGCUAGUCAAGGCGAAAGCUCAGGCUCGAGCCCGGGACCCUCCCCGCGGGCGGCAGCGCACGGCACGGCGGCUGGGACACUCGCUGUCCGACCCUGGCAUCAGCUACCGCGCCUCGGAGGCGGGGCCUUGUCCCGCUCGCCGUAACGUCAGCAAGUAACGCAGUGGAUUUCCAUUUUGCCCCCUUAUGACCGGCCUGUCACGAUCGGCUCCAACAUGACCUACACUCCCUCGUGCCCCUUCGUGCUCGCACCUCUCAUCGUCGUCUGUGCCCAAUCCCGGACGUCGUACUCCUAAUAACCCACCCACUACCAUCGACUCACUUUCGACGUUCAUCUGCUAAUCUUAUUCUAAUUCAAAUGUUGGAUGUGUGUAAGUCUAGACCUCGAAGAAGUCCUGUCCACUGUGUCAUAUAUAUCGCUCGAUUGCGCGCCCAGUCCAUUCCCUCACAUAGACACUCUUUCGUCUUACACGAACCGCCGGCCGGCCACGUCCGCCCAAUCCCCUCGUGCACCUCUCGCACUCCCCAGACACGCCUGUACCAAACCCUCACCAUAAUCCCGCGCCAGGCGACCUGCCCGACGCCGUAAUGCACCGGCCGUCUUGAACACGACGCCGGCGUAUGCCUACGCUAGCACCUGGAUAACUUGGGAGUUGUUGUAGGAUGGUGUAUGCUACGCACGCACGCGGUAGUCUGAAGAAGAAGAGCUGCCAUGAGAAGGCGGAGAUACCGCGUGCCAGUCUGCCAGGAUACUUGCUCUGUAUACCAUACUGUCGUUCUGUGCUAUUUUCGCGUUCAAUGCGGACUGUCGGUCGUUAUUCACUCGCUUCGUGUUCCCGCGUGCUCGAUCUCUGGAACUCAAAGACGGAUGUUGGACGAAGUUGCGGACCGCAUGAAGAUGAUCACUUUCCACCUACAGGGCCGUUUGGACGUUAAUAGCUUUUUUGUAGUGCUAUUGAAAUGUACGCGUGAUGCAAUUAAC